CCUGCGAGGAUUGUUGUUGACGCAGACCUAUCCUGCGAAGCACCUUUUUACACUCGCGGGGCUCGUGGCAGCGAGGGAGCGCAAGUCUUACAUCACUGGGCUCGUGGCAGCGACAGCCGUGGUCACGGAGACUCAAGCCCGCAGGCAAGAGAGGGACACCAUGACACAUCGGAGUGUGAGGACCGAAGUCCUGAUUCUUUUUGGGCUGGGAAUCCGGCUCCUUUUAUAUUUUUUCGGCUACGUCUCGACCAAGGAACCAGUUGCGCAGAUGGUAGCGAGAAUCACUGUCUCGUUAAUAACCGUUGAAGCGAUUUCAACGACGUUGAAGUGGUGUUUGGAGACUUUGUGGUCUACAGAGUCAAGCCUCGACCUGAAAUAA